AUGGUUUUGGAUUACGAACACUUCUCUAUGUUCUCCUUCAACCCAGUCUACAGCGAUGACCAACACAAUAACAUGAACAUUGUGUUCGAUUUCCAUUCGGUUUACAGAGUCCUUAAUCCAAAUUUAGUUUUUCAUGUAGAGGACUACAUGGAUCUUGAUUAUAUCAACAAUUGGGUAACACGAAUCGAAGAUAUAAGUCAUGAGUUCAAUAGAGAUUGGCUAAUCGGUGGGGACAGGGAUCAGAUACAAGCCAUUGUACACCAGAUCCUCGAGAUUCUCGACGUCCCCUUUCACCGGAGUAUAGUUGAUGGAUUUACUCAAGGUAUCUUGGAUCUGAAGCAACGCGAGGCCAUGUUGCUUUUGGAGACUGAUGUUUUCGUCCCGAGAUUUCCCGGUGUUGAUGUCAACGACGCGGAUGUGAAUCUUGCGGUGGCUCCGGCAAGUGAUGAGGCGGUGGAGAAUCACUUUGAAACGGUGGUUGUUGGGAAUGAUGAAGGCGUUUGUGUGAUUUGUAUGGAUACGAUCCGGGUCGAGUCGGGUGUGGCGGCGGCUCGAAUGCCGUGUUCGCACGUGUUUCAUCGCAACUGUGGAGAGGAGUGGCUUAGGAGCAGUGGGAUUUGUCCGGUUUGUCGCGCCGUCUUCCCGCCGCUUUAG